AUGUCCACAAUAGCCUCACCACGAGAUCCGAGCGCGCCCUUCCCGCGGCGCAUGAACUCCCUCACCACACCGACAUCCUCGACCCGUCCCAGUCUCGACAUGCAGCGCUCCCCGGUGACUUCACCGAACCCCAACAAUGGCAGCGCCUUCGCCGGCCCCAAUGCCGCAAACCCAAAGCGCAACCGUGCCGCGCUGCGCGAGUACUACAACCUGCGCAAGGGGGCACCUCCGGGCACAGCCACACCACCGCCACAGGUCGAGGUGACCGACCCUGAAGGGGAGACGGGUGACGCACACGCCGCGCACGAGAACUCCGAGGUGCCGCCCAGCGAAAUGGACAAGGACAAUUUCGACGCCGAGGCGUUUGUUAAGCGGGCACUGGCUGAGAGCGGCAUGGAGGAGCUGCUGCGUCUGUACACGCGCGUGCUUGGGGAGAUGAAGGCGCUCGACGCCGAGAAGAAGGCUUUGGUCUAUGAUAACUACAGCAAGCUGAUCACGGCUACGGAGACUAUACGGAAGAUGCGAGUGAACAUGGACCCUCUGAACCCAAUGGCUUCGACGCUCGACCCGGCUAUCGCCCACAUAUACUCGCAGGCUUCGUCGAUACGGGAAUCGCUACGCAAAUCAGUGCCGCAGCCGGAUGCAUCGAGGCAGGCCGAAGAAGCUGCUCAGAGGAGACUACGGACCAAGAAGCUAGCGAUUGAGGUUUUGGAUACGCCAGAUAGGAUACGAACACUCGUCAAUGAAGGGCGUCUGGAAGACGCAAGACAAGCGUGGAAGACGCCGCGAAAGCUACUUCUUAUCUGGAAAGAGCAGGGGGUGGGGGGUGUUGACGUGGAUGACUGCAUAGCAGAUGGUGAUGCGGCAGUUCGAGGCGAGCCGAGCAAGGGCAGCUGGCGGGAGCUCCGCACCACCAAAGAUGAAGACUGA